CAGAGAAGAAAUGAAAGCGUUUACACUUGCACUUGUGGGUUUAAUGGUUGUUUUGGGAGCCAGAGCCCAGAGUCUGAAAGAGCAAUGCAAGGGCAUUCAGUAUGAUUUGUUGCCUUAUCCAGACAAGAAUGACCAAUUCAUUGUGUGCGCCUAUGAAGUGCCAGAGGUGCGUAGCUGCAUACAGGGUACUUGUUUUGAUCCCAUCUUGAAGGGCUGCAGCGAUUCUGCCUGCACUCCAACUACUCCCAGUGACAAGGACAUUGCAAUUACGUUCUGCACAGAAUUAAAAGGAGGAGAAAAAAUACCAUCAGUGGAUUGCUCCCACUUCUGGAUCUGUUUGACCGAAAUGGAGCCCGUCUAUGUGGCCUGCCCACAGGGCAAACACUACUCACGCUCCGAACACGAAUGCGUAUCGCCGGCACUGGCCAAAUGCGCCGCCCCAGAGAAGCUGUGCGAAUCCAACUAUAGCACAUAUGCGGCCGAGACCUGCAGUGAAUACUACGGAUGCACUAACAAUAAGCUAAUGAAGCGCAGCUGCCCCUAUGGUGAGGCUUACAGCGCAGAGAGUGCAGCGUGUAUUAAGGAUUUGAGCCACAGCUGUGUCACAGACGCCAAGCCGGACUGCCUAAAUCCCGCCAAUGCCAAUGCCUACUUCAGUCACAGCGACUGUACCAAGUUUUACGUUUGCAUACAGGCCCAAGUCUUCGAGGGCAAAUGCGCCGAUGGCUAUGGAUUUGACAGAGAGAGCUCCAACUGCAGGCUCGGCAUCUGCAAGAGUAACUAA